CAACUCUUCUUUGACCGUUUCCCCAAAUGUCAAAAUCCUGAUCCAAUUGAAGGAGGAACAAAUUGGGGCCAAAUCUAGGGCAGAGCGUCAACGUUACCCUGUCACAAUCCACUACUGCGCCCAAACUGACUAUAACGUUCUCCAACGAGCGCCAAAACGACUAGACUUACAAGGGUUUUGGGUUUUUAUCCCUCCUCUUCCCCGUCAUCACUGCCACCGCCGGUUCCGCCGCCGCCAGCGUUGGCACCUUCAUCACUACCACCAUUAAUUUCAAGCGAGAAAACGGAAGAGAGAGAGAGAGUUUUGUCUGUGAGCAGAAAAUUUAAGAUGUGGUAUCUGUGCGUGUUCUACCACAGGUUGUUGGAUUACAGGAGACCUGAAGUUGAAGCUCUAGCAGAGCUUUUUGGUGCCUUUGGAGAAGACAGUGAAAUCAGUCACCGGUCUUUGGAAUGGAAGCUUCCUGAGAGCCACCACCCUGAUUCUCCUUUCCAUUUCGUCAAUCUACCUUCCGAGGACAUUGCGAGAAGCAUCGCCAAUCGAAGUAUAUUGGUGAAGGGAAUCUAUGAACUUUGGGGACAAGGCAAUAGUUACAAAGAAUUGGAAGAGGCAAUAAAAGGCUAUCCAGAUGAGCGCAAGCUGCCAUACUUGGCAUCAGAAAGCACAUUUAAGAUAAUUGUCGACAGCUUUGGUAAGGUGAUGACCUUUCAAGAGCAAAACGAACGUAUUCAAGGGCUUACUUAUAUACCAUUCAAGGGUAAAGUUAAUCUACGAAACCCAGAUCACAAAUUCUGGCUGAUAGAAACUGACGACUAUGGAUCUAAUAAUGGGCUUCCACCAGUUGUCCAGAGGAGGAUCUAUUUUGGUCGAGAGGUUGGAGCUGCAGAUAGGAAGCUUUUGCCAACCUACCAACUAAAAAGCCGCAAUUACUUAGGUCCUACUGCUAUGGACGCAGAAAUGGCUUUUCUUAUGGCCAACCAAGGCUUGGCCAUGCCAGGGAAACUUGUUUAUGAUCCUUUUGUUGGCACUGGCAGUAUUCUUAUUGCUGCUGCACACUUUGGAGCGAUGACAAUGGGUGCUGAUAUUGACAUAAGAGUGGUACGUGAUGGGCGAGGCCCUGACUGUAAUGUUUGGAGCAAUUUUAAUCAGUAUGGCUUAGCAAUGCCAAUUUCACUGCUCAGGGCAGAUAAUAACCUUCCUCCCUGGCGUACAGGAUUAAGAGAGGUUUUCGAUGCUAUAAUCUGUGACCCUCCAUACGGAGUUCGUGCUGGAGGACGUAAAUCUGGUGGCCGGAAGCUACUAAAGGGUGCUGUGGGUCCGUAUACUGUUCCUGAUGACAAGAGGUCAGACCAUAUACCAUCAACUGCCCCCUACAGCUUAGUUGAGUGCAUGCAUGAUUUGUUGGACCUUGCUGCUCGGAUGCUAGUUAUGGGUGGGAGGCUUGUCUUCUUCUAUCCUGUGCUAAGAGAAGAUGGUUCCACUGAUACCCAUUACCCAGAGCACCCAUGUUUCACCUUGAUUGCUUCCUCCGAACAGAUCCUUAGCCUACGCUACAGUAGGGUCUUACUGACAAUGGUGAAGACAGGACCAUAUAGUGAAGAAGUUGCAGAAUCAGCUAAGAAGAAGCAUCUGGAGUUCAAGGAAAACCAUCUGAAGUGGUUAGAAGAUGGUAAUCUUCGUUCUGCUGUAUUCAACCCUGCUGAUACUCAAACUGGUUUUGCUGAGGAUUCCCAGUUAAAUAAAGAGUCAAAGCCAAAGUACAGAGGAAAAUAUGUAUAGCUACAUUUUUUUUACAGUAAUUUUCACUGUUUAGCUGUCCAAGUCCGGCAAUUUUCGCGUUCUAAUUUCCAACAACUGUAAUAGAUGGGCUUUUCUGUACGCAAAUUUCUUACCACUUGGGACCACGGCAGAGCCUCAAAUUGUGAUUGUAGCAGAGAGCAGGAUGAAUAGCCUGACUGCUGACUUGCUGAGCCCCUAAGAGAAGGAUUUGCAUCGACCACUGAUCAUGUCUACACUGCAGAACCCUUUUACCCAUGCUCUUUGAACUUGUAUGUCAGUCUCCUUUGUAGGAGACUUCCAGUUGACUUGAAUCAAGAGGUCCAGAAGUUACUGAAUAUAUGAACUCAUGUAAUAACUAGUUACAUUUCUGAGGAUAGUGUUUGCAAUUUAUGAAAUGCAUUAACAUCCCAAGAUUUUUUUUCC